GACCUCGAAAAGUCAGUCACUCUGAACCGGGAAGCUUUGCAACUAUGCCCUCCCAACCGAGCAGACUAUUGGAUGUACUUGGAACACUUGGCGCUCGAAUUGCAUUUGCAGUACAACUGGACCGGAGAGAUAAGUUGUCUCGAAGAAUCUAUUGAACUCGGGCGUUCUUCGAUCGAUUCAAUUCCAACUACCCACGCUCAUCGAUUCAUUCCCGCUCGCGAUCUGGCGCAUUCACUGAUGCUCCGCUUCAACGAGACAAGGCGGAUCUCUGAUCUCGAUGAAGCCAUCAAAUGGGAUCGUAUGGCCCUGGCGAGCUGUGGGACCUCACAUGUGUUCUAUCCGGCGAUUUCUGCUCAAGCUGUCUCUCGUCUUUGCAUGUUAUUUGAUGCUCGGGGCUCAUUCGAGGCUUUGGAAGAAGCGAUUACCCUC